CGCAAAUAUAAACGUAUUACUGCAGAGCCACUUUACGGGUGUCGUCAUUACCAACCCUAGUUUACCACGCGUCUUGUGUGAGGUUUUCUAAAAUGGCAAAGAGUUUACGUAGCAAGUGGAGGAGAAAAAUGCGUGCGGAAAAGCGAAAGAAGAACGCACCCAAAGAACUGGCAAGACUCAAGACGGCCCUGGGCCAUGAGGGGAAAGGCGAAAUCACCAUGAAAGACAUUUCCGAGAUCGCCACGGUUGUGCCAGUGGAGAAGCUGAAAGAUGUAAACAAGGAGGGCCAUGGCGAUGACAUGGGUAAAAUGGAUAUGGAUAGCACGAUGAACAAGAAAACCCUGCUCAAUGAACAUGGACAGUACCCAACAUGGAUGAGUCAACGACAGAUCAAAAAACAGAAGGCCAAACGAAAUCCCAAAAGUCUAGGAACAUCCAAGAAACGCAAGAAGCUGUCAUGGUAGACUAUCCACACAAUUGAUCCAUGGAAUGAGAGUGAUUGCCUGAGAGCACAGUGCCUCGGUGAAAACGACUGUCAAUCUCGAGCUGGUGGAAAUGGCAAAUGUUCCCUCUAUGUUCUCUUUAAGCAUUUACAUUUAAAUUCAUAAAAUGUAUGGGAGUUAUUAUCCAGAAGUCUUUAUCUAGGUAUUCUCUGAAUUUAGGAGAAUUGUGUAUCUGCUUGUAUAUACAUUGUCCAUACUUGGACAGCCACAAAUCUCAAGCUAUUGUUUCUGUUGUGUGAUGUACAAUUUCUGUAAUGACGUGACUGUACACAUAGGCUCAUUACAAAACCUUAAUUUUUUAUUUUUUUAGUAUAUCUUUCACUGGGGGGAAAAAAGUGAUAACUUGUUUGGACCUUCAAAAUCAUUGUAGAAGUAUCAUUAAACUGUUGAAAUUGUA